AUGAACCUCCGAGGAUUCUUCACCGUCGCCACCAUCGUCGCUGUUUCCACCGCCUCCGCUCAAGCUGAGAUCAUCGACCACGACCAAGUCGUGCCGUUCGCUCAGCCUGAAGCUGUCACGAUCUCCCAGAAGGCCGCAGUCAAGUUCAAGCCGCAGAUUCACAUCACCAACGGGUGUCACCCGUACCCCGCAGCGAACGAGGCUGGCCAGACCAGCGGCGGACUCAAACCCACAGGAGCCCCCAGCAGCUCGUGCAAAGGCUCUGGUUGGGGUUCGCAAGUCUACGGUCGCUCGACCUGGUACAGCGGCAGGUGGGCUAUCAUGUACUCGUGGUACUUCCCCAAGGACUCGCCGUCCACUGGCCUGGGUCACCGCCACGACUGGGAGCACGUCGUCGUGUGGAUCGACAACCCCGACGUGGAGAACCCGACGAUCCUGUCCACGUCUCCGUCGGCCCACAGCGGCUACUCGUACUACGUCCCUCCCAGCGCCGACUCGAUCGACGGCACGAGCGUCAAGGUGAACUACGAGAGCCACUGGCCCAUCAACCACGCGCUCGAUAUGACCUCCGAGAGCGGCGAGUUCCAGGACCUUAUCAUGUGGGACCAGCUCUCGGACGCCGCUCGGCUGGCGCUCAACACGACAAGCUUCGGCAGCGCGAACGUGCCCAUGAACGACGGCAACUUCUUGACGAAGCUCGGUAAGGCCUGGCCAUUCUGA